UGGAAAACAAAAGGCAUAGCGGGGAGGGGUGUGGGGGUGUGCGGAGUCUGUCAGAGAUUCUCUCGGGGACUUUGCAUCUCCCAUUCUCUUCUCCAUUCAUCUCCCCCACCACCACCACCACCAGUCCAGUCGUGCCUGACUAGGCCUGGCUAGAAGGAUGGAUGUGGAGACUCCCUGCGAAGAGGCUCUCUCCAGCACGCUCCUGGAAGAUGUCAAGCAGAGGCUGCAGAAAGCGUUCCGGGGACAGGGAAUAGCUUCGUCCCUUCUGACACCGAGGCUGGCAGCAAGUCAGGAGAGAGGAAACCGAACCUUGGCUGCCCAGGAAGAGCUGCGCAGGGCACACAUAGAAGGGGCCAUUGCCUGGCUACGGGUAGAACUGCUGGAGAUGAAGUCUCAGAACCGCCAGCUUGCCAAAACUCUGCUGGAUUUAAGCACAGACAUCCGGAGACUGAGAAAUGAAACCGAGAUGACGGCAGCUCUAGAAUCAGAGUCCCUGAGCAUUGCCGAAAGCCCAGAAUAAUACAAAAAUACACCUGCAUUUCAAGGCAUACCUUGUGAAAAAGCCACACAGAUCCCCAUCUGGACAAAAAUGGGGAAAUUCUGCUGCUCAGUUAGAUCCAAUGCAGCGGCAGGAUGGAACUUGAAUGCUACUCCACACCUCUUAAACUUGAAAACCUCCGGUUAACUUUGGGGGGAGGUAUUUAUAAAUUAGGUUUUGAUGCCAACCUUGCUGUCAAGGCCAAAGCGGAGAAGAGUUUUCUUAUGGCUACAAAUGCAAUCUAUGUCACUUUCAUUGCCUUAGCAGUCAGUAUUCAUCCUCAGUUUAUUGGCUCACCCAUCAACUUCAGUUCUCAAGUAUUUCAGUGCUUUAUGGCGCAUACUGGAAAAUGAUAACUGUGCUGUGGGAUAUUUCAAUUUUUUUUAGGUUUGUUUUUACAUCUGUAAAAAGCAUUUUAGGCUUUAAAUGAGACACAAUUAAAUCACAGGAAGGAUGUGAAAUAAUGAAUACACCACAUACUGGGAAGGGUGUGUGUGAAUGUAUACAAAUUCAGUGGACCUAAAAUAUUAAACCAUCUUCAGCCAUCUG